CAUCCAGAUAUUAUAACACACAUUUAAACUCCUGAAUUGCACUGGACAUUAGACAUUCUUUAAUGUGUUGGGACAACUUUUGUUUCUAAGGUUCAGUAUGAAGCCUGGUUUCCACUCACUGCUGUGUCGAAGGCAGCAUGUUAUUUGCUCGAGUACUCAAAUUGACCUAAGCUGAAGAAAGGAUUUUGGUUGAUGCAAUCAGGAAAGAUGUACUUUUGAAGUAUUUUUUUAAACUUUAAAAAGAGUAUCAUUUAGGUGUUUGUUUAACAUCAAAUCUGUUGAAUGUAGCUCUGAUGUCCAGUACACAUUGAAUCUUCAUUGAACAGUUUAUGCAUGACUGACUUUAUUUUCUGCAUCACUGACUUUGUCCUCGAGGCCGCAAACAAUUUGCCGGAUAAAAGAAAAGCUCUCACGCAACAAAAUAAUUAAAGUAUAAUCCAUUAGUGUGGCUGUUUAUAGUUUAGAGAUUAGAGAAAGUAAUUAACUUUUUUUUUUUUAUGAAAAAUAUUAGUUUUAUGUUUAUUCUUUUUAAGGUGAUAUUGGCAACAUCCAGUUACAUAAAUAUUUCUUUUUUCAAGCCACCCUAAAAAUAAAAGAUUAUACCCGUUCUCCUGCAGUUUAACAAAAUAAAAUCAGCAUUAGGCAGAAACUAAAGUUGAAAAGGUUAUAUAAGGUUUUCUAAACUUUAUUAAGAAGUGACAUGUUUUUCUUCAUUGUGCCCGGCUCACUCCAGGGAAUGAAAAACAUUUUUUAAUUGUCCCUCCGUGGAUAAACGCGCUGUUGUAUUGCAAUUAUGUGCAGCAUAAAUAUUUGAAUUAUUAAUGACUCCCGUGAAGAAUAGCAGUCACCAAGGUCGUUAUGAGACGUGAUUCUGUAAACAAAGCAUGUUGUUCUGAACAAGUUUUUUUCAGAAUAUCAUUUUAGGCCUAACCGAUGAUAUUCUAUACUUUAUAGAUAUCUUCAGCAAGUUCUUAAAAUCAUGUCACGGAUAAAGUGAACUCACAAAGUGGCUGAUUAAUAUAUAAUCCAGUACAAUGCCACAGAUUCAUCUGUUACACGUCAAUAAUCAAAGUCUGUAUUUUAUUUUAUAAUAAUGACAAUAUUCUUCUACUAUACUUUCUUUAUGUGACCAGGCACACACAAUCACUGUUGAAAACAUUGUAACCUGACAACAAUCAGCAAUAAGGAAGCUUCAACACAUUUGAACUGAUCUUGAAUGUGUCAGUUACACAACUGUCAUCAUGCCUCAUCAGUACGGAGGAGCUGUCUGCUCACCUGUGGUUCUGAAACACACAAAUGACAAGGAAGCGAUAACAGACACAAGACCAGGGCUUCUGAGUUGGGUUCUCACCCCCUGAAUGAAUACACAUCUACGGUGAUUAUAAUUCCAAGGUCCUUCCUAAGAAGUUUAGUCCCCCAGCUGAUGUCUAACUGUUAUUUCCUUAAACCCAUUUAAUCAUGUCCAGAACUCUGCAGCUUUUUUGUGAACUUCAGUCUAUAAUUUAAAAAAAACGCCAUAGAAUGGAUCUGAAGGAAACUUUUUCUUUGACACCAUCAAUACUAGGGAUGAAUCUUAUGUGUUUUAUACAUUUAUUUUCUUCACUGCCUCAUUUUAGUUCUGCAUUAUACGAUUUGGAGUUACAUUACACAUUGUAUACUUGAAGUAGAUCAAUUUCACGUUGAUUAAGCAAGAAGUUUUUACCAAACUUUAACAGUUUAGUUUGAUCAAUAUGAAAGAUACUUUAUUGUUUGUCAUGAAACCUCAAACAAGAGGAAAAUGCAAUCUAGAGGUAAUUUUAUAUAAAUGUAAAAAGUAAAAAAAGGUGCAGGUCUGUAUAUUUUAUGUUGGGUUUUCCAGUCCUUGUUAUAUGUUUUUACAAAUCAAUUUGGUUUUGUGUUAAUUCUCUGGCUCAUGCACCGGAAGUAGACACAUUUGCAGACUGAUAAUAAUCUUUUUUAAAUUGUAUAAAUGCAAAAUAAUUAUUUUAAUUCAGUUUGAGUUAAUAAAGUAGCUCUGCAAGGGGUUAAUAGUCCAAAUGACCAUAUAGACACUCCUGGUUGGAUUGUCAUGUAUGGCAUUGCAGAGUUUUGAUUGGCGAUGAUGUUAUGACGUGGAUUACAUAAUAAAACAACAUUGUGUUGUUGAGGUUGCUUCAUUCUUCAGAUUUGUUCCACAAACCUUCAUUGUCGAAUGAAGUCCAAAUCAAUCAUUUAAUAUGUGGGUAAUGUGUCUUGACAUCUUCUUUUGGUUACAUGUAUUUCUGAAAUGUUUUCAUUCAUUGUGAGGCUGUCUAUAGAUUUACUGACUGACAUUGUGGCAUUUAUUCACGCCACCAUGCUUAAUUAAUAUAUUAUUUGCGUCAACAGAUCUGAACAGGCUUUAAGAUUCCCGACUGUUCAUAUAAUGUUGAUUAAGGAUCAGUGAGUUGUGAUGAUGUGCUGUGCGUUCACAGAUGCUGCACGAUGCUGUGGCCAUGAACAACACCACAGGAGUCAUGCGGUUUCAGUCGCCAGUCAGAGUCCUGCUGUCGAUGCUGCCGUGUAUUCUCUUUCUGUACAUAAACGGCGUCAUGCUGUUUGCCUUGCUGAGCAAGCCUCUCCUCCUGGAGUCCUCCCGCUACAUUCUGUUUGCUAAUUUACUCAUCGCCGACUCUCUCCAACUUCUCUCGGCGAUGCUGAUGUACAUCUUUGCCGUGACCAUGAUCAAACUGAGCAGCUUCCUUUGUGCUCUCGUCGUGCUGGUGGCACGCGUCACUGUCAAAACAUCCCCCCUGAACCUCGCUAUGAUGUCUUUGGAGAGGUAUGUUGCCAUUUGUUUUCCACUGAGGCAUGCCAGUAUUGUUACCACAAGAAUGACAGGAGCGGCCGUUGCCGUGAUGUGGACGGUCGGCUCCCUGGAGUCCUUCUCGCAGUUCGUCUUGUUUGUCCGUCUGGAGAAUACAAUCACUGUGAUGAGGAUCUGCUCCCAAGACAUCUUCCAGCUACAGAUUUAUUUGGCUAUGAAUAAGGGUUUCACCAUUACCAUAUUUGUGUUAGUCUCCAUGAUUAGCAUCUACACAUAUGUUGUAGUCAUAGUUGCUGUCAAGUCGGCCUCGUCUACUGUAGAGAAGUCCAGCAAGCCCCACAAGACAAUGCUUUUGCACCUGAUUCAGUUAUGCCUGUGUGUCACCUCCACCCUCUUUUAUAUGAUAAACCCCAUCAACCAGUGGAAGGGAAAUCGGAAAAUGGCCAUUCACAUUCAGUACGGUCUCUUUUUGGUUCUAAUCAUUUUACCUAAAUGUUUGAGCCCUCUCAUAUACGGCCUCAGAGAUCAGGCAUUCAGACAUGUCUUUGAAUACUAUUUCACUUUCGGCUCAGUCAAAAGAUUUCCUAAGUCUUGAUUUAAUUAUAGUAAUUUUGUUUUUGUCUGUUUAAGUGCGUGAUGACUUGUAUCUGGUCUAAUUCAGGUUAGUGUGUUUAAAGAACUUAAGGGACAUACAGACAUGCUGCAAUAUGUAGCAAUUGUUUUUUUCAAAGAACAGUAAGCUCUAAAAUAAUGCCGAAAAAACUUUUUAUGGAUAAAGGCUGCACUGAAAACGUACUGAUUACCAAAAAAACUAAAUCUAACUGCUUUCAUUGCUUCAUUUCAUCAAGAGCUAUUACACAUUGGACACAACGCAAUUCAACCAUCAACACUACCUUUCUAGUGAAAGUUGUAUUAAUAAAACACAUCACAUCACA